AUGUCUUCAACCGUCCUCUCCGACCCCGAAGCGCCGCUCUUCAGCACGGAGCUGAUCUCGCCGGCGGUCGCGGCGGCGCUGCCGGCGGGCUACACGGUGCGGCCGAUCCGGCGCAGCGACUACGCGCGGGGGUUCCUCGACGUGCUGCGGGUGCUGACGACGGUGGGCGACGUCGACGAGGCGGCGUGGGACGCGCGCUACGACUGGAUGAGCCGCCGCAACGACGAGUACUUCCUCAUCUGCGUGCUCGACGGCGCCGGAAAGAUCGUCGGCACCGGUGCGCUGAUUGUUGAGCGGAAGUUUAUUCAUAACCUCGGCCUUGUUGGACAUAUUGAGGAUAUUGCGGUCGCGAAGGAUCAGCAGGGCAAGAAGCUGGGUCUGCGCGUCAUUCAGGCGCUGGACUACGUUGCGGAGAAGGUGGGCUGCUACAAGACCAUCCUCGACUGCUCCGAAGCGAACGAAGGCUUCUACGUCAAGUGCGGCUUCAAGCGCGCCGGCCUGGAAAUGGCCCAUUACUACUAG